AUGAUGAUGCACCGUGUGUUUUGUGUCCUGUUGGUGCUGGCACUGCUGUGCUGCUGCUCGUGCGUGUUUGCCGUGGAGGAAGUGGAGGAGCAAGAGCCGCAGGAGGUGCUGCAGGUGAAUGCAGAGUGUGCGGGUGACGGUAAUGUUGGUGGCAAACUUGCGCGCUGGCAGCUCCCUGGGAGGUCAUUGUGGUACAACUGCACGGUUGAAGAUAAUGGUGUGGGGAAGGAUAUUUGCGGCAUGGGCGUCGGAAACUGUACGUCCGAGGAUGUUGAGAGACGUAUAAAAGAUGGUGCGGAGCAUGGUGUCUUCACGAUCAACGUCACAUCGCCCACUCCAAGCGCGGUGAAGAGUUGGUGGGAGAGUAACGUAGAGAAGGCGGUCACCGUCGCAAUUGUUCCGGCUAAACCUCCUGCAGCACUUACUCCGGGCCCUCAAGAGCACAAGGCUCCCGGUGGCACCUCCACAACAAAUUCUGAAUCUUCUGACGUUGAGGAUUCCGCGGAUGUUUCUUCUCCUCCUCAAACUGCAACUCCAGGCGGCGCUGUUGCUAACUCUGCUGCUGGCGCUGCGGCCUCGCAGGCGUCGGAUUCCGCCUCCGCUGGUGAUCCUCAAGGCCCUUCACAUUCUGCCUCUGCUGCCUCUCCUGUACCCGAAUCCCCACCAGAUCCGGAGCCCACAGAAGGCGGCGACCACUCCUCCCAUGAACCUCCAGUGGAGCUGCAGGAAGAGACUGCUGCUGCGCCACCGACUCAGUUGUCCCAGACCGGCGAGGACGGGGGUGCAGCGGAAGGCACCGAAGAGGACACCGCCGCCAACGCCACCGACACUGCUUCCGGCGAAGGCAAUGCUACGGCGGCAGGCAUGUCGGCUCCCCUUUCCUCUGCGCCCAAAACGAACGCGCUGGAGAACAGUGUGGGAACUGACGCCUGCUUCCAUGGCACCCAUCUGCAUGCCCUGCCACUGCUUUUUCUGGCUGCACUCACUUACGGGACACUGGGCUGA